AUGAAUUUUAAAGUCUUUAUUAUUAUGUUGAUUUUUCUCAUUAGUGGAGUUCUUACUAGUAAAGUAAAAGAAUGCUAAGCAAAAUGUGAUUCUUAGAUUAAUAUUUGUAUAUAUACAUGCGCAUAAUCUUAAAUGAGAUAGUCUUUAGAGAGCUAAUCGCAAUGCAAAAAAAUGUGUGAUUAAGUUAAUAAAGAAUGCAAGAGUUCUAAAUGUUAUUUAGAUAAUUGA